GUCCCGCGCGGCCGAGGAUGGCGGCGGGCGGCUGAGGGGGGGCUGCGGGCACCGGGGGCGCGGGGCGGGGGGGGGGGGGGCCGGGACCCCCCCGCACCGGCAGCGGGAGCGCCAUGGAUGACUCGGGCGUGAUCCGCCGGCGGCGGCUGCAGAAGGAGCUGCCGCUGCCGCGGAAGAGCAGCAGCUGCCGCACGAGCAACCGGAAGAGCCUGAUCCUGACCAGCACCUCCCCCACCCUCCCCCGCCCCCACUCGCCACUGCCCGGACACAUCGGCAGCAGCCCCCUGGACAGUCCCCGCAACUUCUCGCCCAGUAACCCGGCCCACUUCUCCUUCGCCUCUUCCCGCCGUGCUGACGGGCGCCGCUGGUCACUGGCCUCGUUGCCCUCCUCCGGUUAUGGCACCAACACCCCCAGUUCCACCGUCUCGUCCUCGUGCUCGUCGCAGGAGCGCCUGCACCAGCUGCCGGCGCAGCCGACGCCGGAGGAGCUGCGCUUCCUCUCCCGCCACUUCGGCAGCUCCGAGAGCCUGGCCGAGGAGGAUGGGGGGGCCCGGGGGGGGCCAGCCCCACGCCCCCGAUCCCGCAGCCUCAGCCCCGGGCGCUCGCCCUCGUCCCACGACAAUGAGAUCGUGAUGAUGAACCACGUCUACAAGGAGCGGUUCCCCAAGGCGACGGCGCAGAUGGAGGAGCGACUGGAGGAGUUCGUGAGGGGCUGCGGCCCCGGGGGGACCCCCCUGGCCGACGGCGCCCUCAGCUUCAUCCAGCACCAGCUGGUCGAGCUGGCACGGGACUGCCUGGCCAAAGCCCGGCACGGGCUCAUCACCGCCGGCUACUUCUACGAGCUGCAGGAGAACAUGGAGCGGCUGCUGCAGGACGCCUACGAGCGCUCAGAGUCAGAGGAGGUGGCCUUCAUCACCCAGCUGGUGAAGAAACUCCUCAUCAUCAUCUCCCGCCCCGCCCGGCUGCUCGAGUGCCUGGAGUUCGACCCGGCGGAGUUCUACCAGCUGCUGGCAGCGGCGGAGGGCCAGGCCCGCGAGGGGCUGCUGAAGGCCGACAUCCCCCGCUACAUCAUCGGGCAGCUGGGGCUGGCGCGGGACCCCUUCCCUGACGUGGUGCAUCUGGAGGAGCCUGACAGCGGUGGGAGCAACACGCCGGAGCCUGAGGAGGGGACUGAGGGCCGCAGCACCGUCCCCAGGGCCAAGAAGCCACCGGGCGAAGGCGACUUUGAGACCAUCAAACUCAUCAGCAACGGCGCCUAUGGGGCGGUGUACCUGGUGCGGCACACGGCCACGCGCCAGCGCUUCGCCAUGAAGAAGAUCAACAAGCAGAACCUGCUGCUGCGCAACCAGGUGGAGCAGGCGUUCGUGGAGCGCGACAUCCUCACCUUCGCCGAGAACCCCUUCGUCGUCAGCAUGUUCUGCUCCUUCCAGACCCGCCGCCACCUCUGCAUGGUCAUGGAAUACGUCGAAGGCGGGGACUGUGCGACGCUGCUGAAGCACAUCGGGGCUCUGCCGCUGGAGCUGGCCCGGCUCUACUUUGCCGAGACCGUCCUGGCCCUCGAGUACCUGCACAACUACGGCAUCGUCCACCGCGACCUCAAGCCUGACAACCUGCUGAUCACGUCACUGGGCCACGUGAAGCUGACGGACUUUGGGCUCUCCAAGAUGGGGCUGAUGAGCCUCACCACCAACCUCUAUGAGGGCCACAUGGAGAAAGACGCCCGUGAGUUCCGCGACAAGCAGGUGUGCGGCACCCCCGAGUACAUCGCGCCCGAGGUGAUCCUGCGGCAGGGCUACGGGAAGCCGGUGGACUGGUGGGCGAUGGGCAUCGUCCUCUACGAGUUCCUGGUGGGCUGCGUCCCUUUCUUCGGGGACACCCCCGAGGAGCUCUUCGGGCAGGUCAUCUCCGAUGAGAUCCUAUGGCCAGAGGGGGACGAGGCGCUGCCCCCCGACGCCCAGCACCUCAUCUCCUGCCUCCUGCAGCCCGAUCCCCUGCGGCGCCUCGGGGCUGGGGGGGCUCAGGAGGUGAAGGCUCACGGUUUCUUCGCGGCGCUUGACUGGACGGGGCUGCUGCGGCAGAAAGCCGAGUUUGUGCCGCACCUGGAGUCUGAGGAGGACACCAGCUACUUCGACACACGCUCAGACCGGUACCCCCACGUCACCUCCUACGAGGACGAGGACACGACAGAGGACGAGCCCGUGGAGAUCCGGCAGUUCUCAUCCUGCUCCCCUCGCUUUAGCAAGGUGUACAGCAGCCUGGAGCAGCUCUCGCAGCAGCAGGAGCCGAAGGUGCCCAAGGGGCGUCCGCGGGACGAGGGGAGACGCGACGGCUUCGCCCGCGACCGCAGCUGGCGCACGGCCUCGCCCGAGCUGAAGCGUCCGCCGGCAGCCGAGGGGGCCCCCCCUGAGGGCGAGGGGAGCCCCCCGCCCGGCGCCCGGCGUCGCUUCUCAGCGCUGCUGGAGCCGGGGCGCCCCGGGGCCACCCCCGAGGAGCGGCCACCCCCCCGCAAUGGGGCUGCCCCCCGCGACGGACCCACGGAUGGACCCAGCGAGGAGCCAGGGGAGCGAGCACCACGGGCUGGGGACCUGCCCCCCCCCCGGGCUGAGCUGGGGCUACGGCGGCCGCGGCACCCGGGGGUGGCCCCCGAAGCGGGGGGUGACAAGCGCAGUCCCCGCGGUCCUGGAAAGGUCACCAAGUCAGCGUCGGCCACUGCCCUCUCUGUCAUCAUCCCCAGCGGGGAGGCGCCCGGCUCCUCGCCCCUGGGCAGCCCCAUGUCCCCACGGUCGUUGUCCUCGGACCCCUCCUCGCGGGACUCGUCCCCGGGGCGGGAGCUGGCCCCGGCGGUGGCAGCCCCCCGCUCCCCCAUCGCCAUCCCCCGCCCCGGCAAGAAGUUCGGCUUCACCCUGCGCGCCAUCCGCGUCUACCUCGGGGACAGCGACGUCUACAGCGUCCACCACGUCGUCUGGCAUGUGGAGGAGGGGGGCCCAGCGCAGGAGGCGGGGCUCUGCGCCGGUGACCUCAUCACCCACGUCAAUGGGGAGCCCGUCCAUGGGCUGGUGCACACUGAGGUCGUCGAGCUCAUCCUCAAGAGCGGGACGAAGGUGCUGGUGACCACAACGCCGCUGGAGAACACGUCCAUCCGCCUGGGCCCCGCGCGGCGCCGCAGCGCCCGGGCCAAGAUGGCGCGGAGGAACCGCCGGGGUGGCACCGGGGGCGGCCACGAGAGGCGGCGCAGCGCGCUCUUCCGGCACCUGGCCCGACAGGCGUCGCUGCUGCACACGAGCCGCUCGCUGACGUCACUGAGCCGGUCGCUCUCCUCCUCCGACAGCCUGCCCGCCUCCCCCACCCACGCGCGCGCCCGGGACCCCGCCCUCCCGCCGCGCGCCGCCGAGGCGGGGGCCUCCCCGCCCAGCAGCUCCCCGGGCUCCAGCGCGCCGCCCUCGCCGGCGCCGGCCGGGCCCCACCUGCGGCCCAGCUCGCUGCAGGGCCUGUCCCCGAAGCUGCAGCGGCAGUACCGGGCGGCGCGCUGCAAGUCUGCCGGCAGCAUCCCCCUCUCGCCGCUGGCCCACACGCCCUCGCCGCCCGCCGCCUCGCCGCCCGCCUUCCCCGCCAAGCUGCACCCCAAGGCCGCCGAGUCGCCCCGCCUGGCCCGCCGGGGCCCCCCCGAGAAGGCGGCGGCGGCGGCGCCCCGCAAGCACGGCCUGGAGCCCGCCCGCAAGGACUUCCCGGCCGAGCCGCCGCUGCAGAGCCUGGCCGAGUGGGACGGGGAGAGCCCGGCCGAGGGGCCGCCGCCGCCCCCCCCCGCGGCCCCCGCCCGCCGCCUGGGCCGCCAGGAGCUGCCGCUGCUGCUGGGGGGCCCCGUUCCAGCCGCCGCCGCCGAGGCCGCCCCCCCUGGGGGCGAGGAGCCGGAGCGGGGGGCGCGGGGCCCUCCCAAGGCGCUCAGCCCGGUGCAGGAGCACGAGCAGGCACGGCGGGGGGGUGCCCCGGGGGGGCCCCCGGUGCCCAUCGUGGUGGUGGGGCCAAGCGCGGCCACCGGGGAUGGGGACGGGGCGCUGGGGCCCCCCCGGAGCGCCGGGCCCCCCCCCCGGCGCUGAGAUCCCCCCCCCCCCGCCGCCCCCCUCCUCCUCCCGCGGCUGUAAAUAGGGGGGGACCCCCAGGCAUGCGGGGCCCCCGCCCGCCUUGGCCAGGGACAUGGCUCGCAGCCCCCCCGGCCAAUCCCCGCAUAUGCGAAGGGUUAAUACUGUGACACCCCGGCCUCCGGUGUGAUGUCAUCGGCCUGGCAGCCCCCCCCCACCCCCGACCUGGGGUGUCACUUCCCCCCCCCAGUUUCCUGUUUGCCCCUGGUUGUUGCCCCACUGAUGUCACAGGGGUGAUGUCACAGCUGAGGCGGGAGGGGUGAGAGCACAGCUCUGGUGUCACUCGGGGAGGGGGCACAGUGACAUCACAGUGGCCAUUCAGGAGCGAGAGUGAUGUCACAGCUGGUGCUGGUGGAGUGGUGAUGUCACGGCUGUGGCAAUGGUGUGGGAUUGAUGAUGUCACAGUUACGAUGUCAUGGCGUGGGAGCAGUGAUGUCAUGGUUAUGAUGUAACAGGGGUGCUGCUGGCACAGCCCUGAUGUAACCGAAGGAACGGGAAUGAUGAUGUUGCAGCUAUAGCGUAAUUGAAUGGUGAUGUCACAGCUGUGGUGGCGGUGGGGUGGGGGCAGUGACUGGUGUCGGGUGGUGAUGUCACCGCCGUGGGGCUGAUGCAUCCCAGGUGCACAGUGAUGUCACACAACGGCAGUGGGCAUCACACUGCAAGGGCCAGCCGAGCAGGUGAUAUCAUCAACCCCCCUGUGACAUCAUCACACUCCCUGCUCCCGCCCCCGCCCCCCCCCCCCCCCCCCCCCCCCGUUCUCGCUAUGCAAACGCCCCGCCCCCUGGACAGGGGGUGCCGGGGGGGGCCCCGGGGACCAAUAAAGCCUGUACAGCACCGA